CGUCGCUAGGGGCACCAUGUCCCAGCGCUUCAUAGUGACCCCUGCGGCGGCGGACGAGGAGACCCAGCCUGACGGCGGCGGCCAGCACCCCGGCUCGGACGGGGUCCCGGAGCCCCGGUCCCCAGCGUCACCGGAGCCGCGCGCGGACGCGCUGCCCAUUCUACGAUACUGCCACGAGCCGAACCGCUACGGUGAUGGGACCCCGAGGGAGAAUAGCCCGUUCAUCAACGUGGAGGUGGAGCGGGACAGCUCGCUGGACGGCAGGAACAUGGCGCUCUUCGAGGAGGAGAUGGACAGCAACCCCAUGGUGUCCUCGCUGCUCAACAAGCUCGCCAACUACACCAACCUGAGCCAGGGCGUGGUGGAGCACGAGGAGGCCGAGGAUAGCCGGCGGCGCCAGGCCAAGAGCCCGCGCAUGGGCACCUUCAUUGGCGUCUACCUGCCGUGCCUCCAGAACAUUCUGGGCGUGGUCCUCUUCCUGCGCCUGGCGUGGAUCGUGGGCGCGGCCGGCGUGUUGGAGUCACUGCUCAUUGUGUCCAUGUGCUGCGCCUGUACGAUGCUGACAGCCAUUUCCAUGAGUGCCAUCGCCACGAACGGCGUGGUGCCAGCGGGUGGUUCCUACUACAUGAUCUCUCGCUCCCUGGGGCCUGAAUUUGGAGGUGCUGUGGGCCUGUGCUUCUACUUGGGCACGACAUUUGCAGGGGCCAUGUACAUCCUGGGGACCAUCGAGAUCUUCUUGACGUACAUCUCACCCGGGGCGACCGUCUUCCAGGCCGAGUCCCAGGAGAGCGAGGCGGCCGCCAUGCUCAACAACAUGCGCGUGUAUGGCACGGGCACGCUGGCGCUCAUGGCCACUGUGGUCUUUGUGGGCGUCAAGUAUGUCAACAAGCUGGCCCUGGUCUUCCUGGCCUGUGUGGUGCUCUCCAUCCUGGCCAUCUAUGCCGGGGUCAUCAAGAGUGCGCUGGAGCCCCCAGACGUCCCGGUGUGUUUGCUGGGGAACCGCACGCUUGCCCGCCGUGACUUUGAAGCCUGCACCAAGGUUCUCGCCGGCUCCAACGGUUCGGCGCCUGCGGCCCUCUGGAGGCUGUUCUGCAAUGGCUCUGCCCUCAGCGCCUCCUGUGACGAGUACUUCAUCCAGAACAAUGUGUCUGAAAUCCAAGGCAUCCCCGGGGUGGCCAGCGGCGUCCUGCUGGAGAACCUGUGGAGCACGUAUGCAGAAAAAGGGGCGUUUGUGGAGAAGCAGGGGGUGCCCUCGGUGCCUGUGGCCGAGGAGAGCAGGCCCAGCGGGCUGCCCUACGUGCUCAGUGACAUCACCACCUACUUCACCAUGCUGGUUGGCAUCUACUUCCCGUCCGUCACCGGCAUCAUGGCUGGCUCCAACCGCUCUGGGGACCUGAGGGACGCCCAGAAGUCCAUCCCCACAGGGACCAUCAUGGCCAUUGUGACGACAUCGUUCAUUUACCUCUCCUGCAUCGUCCUCUUUGGAGCCUGCAUCGAAGGCGUGAUCCUGCGGGACAAGUUUGGGGAGGCGCUUCAGGGCAAGCUGGUCAUCGGGAUGUUGGCCUGGCCGUCGCCCUGGGUCAUCAUCAUCGGCUCCUUCUUCUCCACCUGCGGUGCCGGCCUGCAGAGCCUGACGGGCGCCCCGCGCCUGCUGCAGGCCAUCGCCCGCGACGGCAUCAUACCUUUCCUGCAGGUGUUUGGUCAUGGGAAGUCCAAUGGGGAGCCCACGUGGGCCCUGCUGCUCACAACCUUCAUCUGCGAGAUUGGCAUCCUCAUCGCCUCCCUGGACAGCGUGGCCCCCAUCCUUUCCAUGUUCUUCCUCAUGUGCUACAUGUUUGUGAACCUGGCCUGCGCCGUGCAGACGCUGCUGCGAACACCCAACUGGCGCCCUCGCUUCAAGUAUUACCACUGGACCCUGUCCUUCCUGGGCAUGAGUCUGUGCCUGGCACUGAUGUUCAUCUGUUCCUGGUACUACGCCCUCUCGGCCAUGCUCAUCGCUGGCUGCAUCUACAAGUACAUCGAGUACCGAGGGGCCGAGAAGGAAUGGGGCGACGGCAUCCGGGGUCUGUCCCUGAACGCGGCCCGCUACGCCCUGCUGCGUGUGGAGCAUGGGCCGCCCCAUACCAAGAACUGGAGGCCUCAGGUGCUGGUGAUGCUGAGCCUGGACGCAGAGCAGCGUGUCAAGCACCCUCGGCUCCUGUCCUUCACUGCACAGCUCAAGGCGGGCAAGGGCCUGACCAUUGUGGGCUCCGUGCUGGAGGGCACCUACCUGGACAAGCACAAGGAGGCCCAGCGGGCAGAGGAGAACAUCCGCUCUCUGAUGGGCACCGAGAAGACCAAAGGCUUCUGCCAGCUGGUGGUGUCCUCGUCCCUGCGAGAUGGCAUGUCCCACCUCAUCCAGUCGGCCGGCCUAGGCGGCAUGAAGCACAACACGGUGCUCAUGGCGUGGCCCGAGCGCUGGAAGCAGCAGGACGACCCCUUCUCCUGGAGGAACUUCGUGGACACUGUGCGUGACACCACAGCAGCGCAGCAGGCCCUGCUGGUGGCCAAGAACGUGGACCUGUUCCCACAGAACCAGGAGCGUUUCAGCGACGGGCACAUUGACGUGUGGUGGGUCGUGCACGACGGGGGCCUGCUCAUGCUGCUGCCCUUCCUGCUGCGCCAGCACAAGGUGUGGAGGAAGUGUCGGAUGCGCAUCUUCACGGUGGCCCAGGUGGAUGACAACAGUAUCCAGAUGAAGAAGGACCUCCAGAUGUUCCUCUACCAUCUGCGCAUCAGCGCCGAAGUGGAGGUGGUGGAGAUGGUGGAGAACGACAUUUCUGCCUUCACCUAUGAGAAGACACUGAUGAUGGAGCAGCGGUCCCAGAUGCUGAAGCAGAUGCAGCUGUCCAAGACGGAGCAGGAGAGAGAGGCCCAGCUGAUCCACGACAGGAACACAGCAGCCCAUGCCUCAGUGGCUACCAAGGCCCCGGCCCCAGCAACGCCAGACAGGGUGCAGAUGACAUGGACGAAGGAGAAGCUGACUGCGGAGAAGCACAGGAACAAAGACCACGGCACGUCUGCGUUCAAAGACAUCUUCAUGAAGCCGAACCAGUCCAAUGUGAGAAGGAUGCACACGGCUGUGAAGCUCAAUGACGUUGUCCUCAACAAGUCCCAGGAUGCCCAGCUGGUCCUGCUCAACAUGCCCGGGCCCCCCCGCAACCGGCAGGGCGACGAGAACUAUAUGGAAUUUCUCGAGGUCCUGACCGAGGGGCUCAACAGGGUGCUCCUGGUGAGGGGCAGCGGCCGGGAGGUGAUCACCAUCUACUCCUAGGCUCCCCUGCAGUGCCCUGCCGUCCGGCCAGCCAGGCCCAGAGGCCUUCUGGAGGCUGGGCUCACGCCCUGGGAUGACCAGGACAUGGCCACCUCAUGACCACAGUGACCAGCAGCACCGCCACUUGCCGCCACGCUGGCCACGGUCUUGGCCACACUGGCCACGCCAACACGCUCUAGAAACCCUUUCCUCAGCACGAUCUGCACAUCCUGGUGGCGGGCGGCUCAGGCCCGCCCCGUCCAGGCUUCCAAGAGACCACUCGACUGAUGCAGCCCCGCGGCCCACAUGAAGGAGACAGGAGUGAGGGCUGAGCACUGGGCUCCCGCUCGGCCUCCCGUGUCUGAGAGGGCUGCUCCGGGCUGCACGGUCACCUCAUAGACACUGGAAGGAACAGGCCCUCAGGGCAGAUUGGGUCUCUCUGCCUCCCCGGGGCCCCGUGAGCAGGCUCUGCGCAGCUCAUCCUCACUUAAGCACUGACAGGUGAGAAUGAGGCUGGGACAGUGCCCGCCUUGGGAGUCCCAGCAUCCCCGGGGAGGGUGCGGGGGACCUACGUGGGUCGUGUGCUUCCCUGGACUCUGCACUUUACUUGGCUCUGCUUCCUGGGGUGGGCACGUCUCUGGGGCUGGGGUCCCCACCCUCACUUAUUUAUUGAACUGCUCAGGCAGAGGAGACCCCGGUGCCAGGCAUGGCUCAGGGGGUGCAGCCUGCGCUGGGCCCCAUCCUGGUCCCCCGCCCCACACACAGGGCUGGGGAGGCCAACCCCAGGACCCACCAGUGAGGCUGCUGCUUCCUGGCAUUGAUGGCGGCUCCAUGUCCCCGCCCAGAGGGGCCCUAUGUCCUUUUGUAGGUGAUGCGUCUUUGUACGAUUUUUCGUAGAAUAAAAA